AUGCUGAAGAAACUCGAGGUAACCAUGCCUUUCCCUGAAGCCAUUUUACAGAUUCCCUCGUAUACUAAAUUUUUGAAGGACAUCCUGACCAAGAAGAGGGUCAUUGAGAAAGAGACUGUAGCUCUCAUUGUCGAAUGCAGUGCCUUGAUACAACACGAGUUACCACCCAAGCGCUCGAACCCAGGUAGUUUCUCAAUCCCUUGUACAUUGGGUAACGUUUACAUCGAUCGUGCUUUGUGUGAUCUAGGAGCCAGCGUUAGCCUUCUUCCACUCUCCAUUUUCAAGAAGCUGAAUGUGGGCGAACUAAAACCCACUCGGAUGGCUCUCCAAUUAGUCGAUCGCAUUGUUAAGUACCCUGCUGAAAUACUUGAAGACGUCCCUUUGAAAGUCGAGAAUUUCUACAUUCUAGUUGACUUCGUGGUUCUAGACAUGGACGAGGAUUCUAAGGUACCCAUCAUUCUCGGUCGUCCGUUUCUUAGCACUGCAGAUGCUGUCAUUCAUGUUCGAACAGGUCGCCUCACCAUGAAGAUUGGUGAUGAGACGGUGGAAUUUACUCUAGACAAAACUCUCAAGCAACCGUCAUCUACAGAAUCCGCCUACUUCAUCGAUAUCUUCGGACCCUUUGAAAGGUAA